AUGAACGAACAAAUUUUUCAAGUGAAUGGAGGCCGUGCUAUCCUCGACUGUGUGCAUAUCAUGAUUGCCAAAGUUUGGCAGCCGCAUGGGGUCUUGGCCCACCAACCACCUCAAUUGAACCUCGUCCUACGGGUGCCUCUCAAGCGCAAAGUCCUUGUGAGGACGAUUCUGGCGAUGGCAAAUGCAAUGACCUUCUUGUUUCGUGUCCCGCUUUCAGGAAUGAACUCGGUGGUGAACCAAUUCGUCGGUUAGCACUAACACGACGGCACUCUCAAGUGGCUGGCAGUGAUCUGGCGAAAUCAGAGUAUGAAAGCUGGCAACGUGAACAGACUGCUGCUGAAUCGGCGAUUCUUGAAGAUGUCAGCAAUGUUUAUUUGGGUGGAAGAUUAUGUGCGGCACGUCAGCCGAAGAUUGUUAUCGAACCACAAGAUAUUGGCUCGUAUUAUUAUAGGCAUUGCUUUGUGGGCAGACGUGAGUUCAAUAGAGAUUUCGAUUGGUUUUUGUUUUGUCCGGAGCUUUUUAAAAGUUUCAGAGAAACGGAACGUUACGAUGUGAACUCAUCUGAAUGCGAACAGUGCUGUGUUGCGUUGAGAAAAAAAAGAAAUAAAAUUACAAUAAGUGCAUUUCAAAUGUCACUUGUAUUUUUCUUUAGCGAAUGCACUUCAAUUCAUUCACAUUCACUUGAAGAUGCCCCAAGAAAAGUCUGUUUUUGGAAAAUGAAAAACAUUUCUUCAAGAAGAUAUUCUCAAUUUUUAAUCGCUCUCAACCAAAUGAGUGAUAUAAUUCCGAAACCGAAACAGAAACAAACACUCGCAAACAAAAAACUGAUCGAACAUAAGUCGCUCUUAACAGAAAUAUUGUGA